UCACAGCCCAAGCAAACAAACGCUCUCGAUCGCGCUUUCUGUUUGUUCUGCAUUUGCAACAUUCAUUAUGUCGAUUAUGUGUGAUAAAGACAUGCUGCAGCGUACCAACAUGAAAACCAUUAAAAGUGAAGAGCUUCAAGUACUUAAUAUGCGAAAUGAUACCUUGUUGUCUGGUUGUUGUAUAAACCUGUUCACGUUAAGCGAUCCAGUGCAGGAAUUGCUCGAGUCGUUCGCUCAGAUUCGUCUUCUGACAGAAUUGUGCAUCGAACGGCCUGAGCAGUCAUUUCUCGACGAAUACCUUUAUCAGCGGGCGGGCAGUGGGCUGGAAGCAAAACUGCAAACGCUGGCAUUGCGUAGCGACAUCGAAACGCUUCAUACCGUGAUCCGGGCCACGAGACAAAAAGUGGACCAAUUGGAGUGUUUCCUGGAGGAAAGUGUACUUCUUACCACGUCCGGAGAUGAGCACGAGAAGAAAAAGACUAUGCAGGAGAAACAUAUCGACGUUGUUAAAAGUCGGCAGAAGGCAUUGAACAACGCAGUGGAUGAGAUCGACUUGGACGAAUUGAUCGCCAAUGUACGCCUCGAAGAGGAAGAUGCUGCGCGUGUAACUGAAAACUAAGAAUUCGUUCGCAGCCCAAUGAGAGAAGUAGAAGGAGGAAGACAUCGUUGUGUUCUACCUCGACUCUCGCUUGUGAACUACAAACUUUGCGCUACAUAACAAAUUGGCUGAAACGUCUCAGGCCUAAUGGGGAUAACGUGGCUUUUCUUUUUAUCAAAGUUGGAUUUAUUAAUCAAUCUCCUUCAAGAGCCACACAAUUAUUCCUAUUCGUUCGAGGGAAAUGUCUUACCGAUGAGCAGUUUUUGAGGUCUGUGAACAGAUGCGCCAUUCGCGCUGAGAGCCAAAUCUGGCAAAUACGGUACAUUUCAGAGCGAUUCGAAAUACAAUUCUUGCAGUUUUAUCAUUGUUUUGAUUGAUUUGUGACUCGGAUAUUGCCUUGGUGUUUUUUCCGCUGGAAAGAUUUUUUUCAUUGCCAUAUCCGUUUAUUUCUUUGUAAUUUCGGCCUUUAAACGUAACAAAAACGCUUUGUAAUGUUCACUAUUGAUUGUACUUCCCUUAACGAGAUAGGCGAUAAAUAUUACACCACGCAAUUCUAAAAUACCUAGGCCUUCCUAGUCGAUAUUCGAGCUUUCGGGUGCGUUGCACGAGGUGCUUCGGUUGAACGGUAUUUUCCGCCAUCAAGAAGCAGAGUAACACGAAAUCUUAUUUGAUCCAUUGUUGUGAAAAUAACAAAAAUAUUGUCAUGCCAAGCUCACAAACACGAGUAUCAUGAAAUAUUAACGUCUUUCUUUUGAAGGUUAGUACCAACUGAAAAAGCGAUGAAUACAAUAAGACUAGCGCUAUUUAUAUGCCCGGGACUUUUCAGCCUAUGUGUUAAGAGUAUUGUUGUUGAAUAAUUAACAUAGUCAACCGCUGCGAUCCUUGCUUCAACUAUGUUGUUCGGGGAUUUUUUGAUGGCUGGUUUUAGGUUUGCUUUGCGGAGAUAGUACCUGCCAUCAAAGCGCGAUAGAAGCGCGACAGUGUGGGAACCCCAUGUGGUUCUUGUGUGACUAAUGUAACUGUUUGGAGUGGUUAAAAGAAAAACAAUCUUAAUUUAAAUGCACAUGCAGCGAUAAACGCAAUCUAUAGAAAGAGCAUUGUAUUUUUUCAGAUUUCUCCGCCAUCCAAAGAAGUAUCGUCUCAUGGCGGCCACCGUCCGAAUACAUCAUUAUCAUACAUAAUACCUAGACCCGUAUCAGACUUAGGCAUUAUCGUUGGCUCGCGUCUGUGUGGUUAUUGUCUUCGCUGAUUAAACCGUAUUGUUUAUCUGGCCGUAUCUGGCCGAAAUGUAGACAUCAGUUAAGAAUGAUUUUCUUCUUUCCUUUGUAUAUGAGUCUCUUCGGCAGUACUUUGAUGGACUCUGCGAAAAAGACCAAGAAAAGAAACAUAAUCAUAGGGCGCGUUCCGUCCGAGAUAAAGUUACGAGAUGCGCGUUCCUUACACGAAAGGAACUUUUCUUUCCCUAAGCGAACGUGGUAUGCAUUGAACAUAUUAUGGAUAGCGAAAGUAUGGAAAGCAUGCAGGUUAGUUUGAGCAUAACGGCCGAUGCAUCGUUGCCGUCUCCUUCGUCCGCGGUUUCGUGCAGCCCGUCCCCAGAGACCUUACCACCGAACAUGUAGCAUUGCUCAAAGCUAGAUCGCUGAAGCCCAGUGAAAAUCGGCUGGUAGUUGUAGAUGACGUGCCGCUCGAGUGUGGCUUCGCUCGGAAACUGAUGAUCACUGCGGCGCGAUUCACCGAUAAAAAAAUCUGCAAAGUACUGGGACGCCCGGAUAGCGUUGGCUGUGUGUGGAAUAUUUUUGUUCGCUAUCCACUCGUAGAUGUUCUUUUCAGGGUGAAAUUGAAUGCCAUAGAACGGGUAGCUAGAAAGUAAUAGCGCGGAAAGAAACAUCAGUCGAAACAACCAUCAAUAAUUCGGUCAGAAUCUUACGUUUUGUGUUCGAUUGUGGAAAUAAACUCCAUUCCGUUCCAGUCACGAUCGACAGACAUUACGCGCCAUUCAUCGCUUAAUCCGUACUCGGUCAGGUUAGUUUCUGUGACGCAGAACUGAUGGAAAUUCGCAGUCACCGGCUCGUUAGCCAAAAUUUCAACCACAUCGUUCGGAGCUUGCGCGAACAACCGACUCUUGCGAAAGUCGUCCUUAAAGUUGAGUGCCAAGGCCUGGCUGCUGGAGUUACAGUGGGCCCGGUGAUCGGUGCCGUUCGCGGUCAGAUAGGUAAGCAGCUCGAAUCCGAGGCAGGUACCCCAAACGGGAAAGUAAUCUCCAUUGUCGUUGAAGCGCCUCGCAAUAUCGUAGAUGUGGCCACCGGCGUCAGCAUAUCCGUUGGUUUGGUUGAACCACGUUGCACCACCUGGCAGAAGCACGCCAUUCAGAUGGACCAUUAUCUCUUCAUAGUAUUCUGGAGGUUGAUUGAUCCUUAUGAAGAAAGUGUU